AUGGCAAACCCGCAGGCUUCCUCCGUGUGCGAACUGCCCCCAGAAUCUCUCAAGCGGGCACCGGAACUGCCGUCAAGCUCCAAGGAUUCGUACGCGACCAGCCAGGCGACAGGAGACUGUGCGUCCGUGAACGAAGGCCUGGUGCGUCCCUCCAGUUCGUCUGGGACCGUCGCGCAAGAAUACGCCGAAGAAGGCGAAGACGGAUCGGGCAGCUGCGUCUAUGUCUGGUCGACCACGUCGAGUGCACGAAAUGAACAGACGGGCGAUCGGUCCUCGGAGGCGGCAGGAAUUGUGCUUUCUCAACCCAACAAAUUCUCUUCCUAUCUGCGGAUCCUAUCCGUGGCGUGCGGCCAGUCACUGGCUGCCUUCAUCGCAGCGGACGGAAAACUGUAUUGCUGGGACUGGGACCUAAGCAGCGGAGACCUUCACGCAAGCAGCCCACAACUUGUCGAGGGCGCCAAUAUCGAGAAGAUGACGAUCAAGCAGGUGUCGUGCGGAGCGAAUCAUCUCGCUUGCGUCAACGAUUCUGGCCGAGUCUUCACCUACGGGUCGAACGAGAGCGGCCAACGAGGCAUGGCGGCAGAAGGCCCGCCGUCGUCCCGGAUUGCUGACGAAGUGUUUUUCUCAUGCCGAGCGAAACAAGUGGCCUGCGGGCCUCAGUACACCCUGGUGGUCCUCGAUGACGGCCGCGUUUAUGGCAUGGGAGACGGGAGCCACGGCGUACUGGGGAACGUUUCGAACAAGAUUGUUCGAAUUCCAACCAAGAUCAACUUCCAGGACCGUCGCGUCGCCUUCGUUGCGGCCGGCAUUAGCCAUGCGUUAGCCAUCACAGACCUCGGAAGCACUUACGCCUGGGGCCGCAACGACUCUGGCCAGCUCGGCCUCGGCCACACGGACGAUCGGUGGACACCGCAAGUGGUGUGCGAACUCUCGGGCCACAAAACGAUUAUGGUCGCUGCGCAUACGGCUAGCGUAGCUCUGACAAAGGAGAGAAAGCUGUUUGCCUGGGGGACGAACUCCCUUUUGUCCCCUGCGAUGAUUUUCUCACAACCGUUCCAAGAUGUUGAUUUGGGAGACGCCCUCUUUUGCCUGGCCGAAGACGGCGGCGAGCAGUCCCUUUUAGUUACUCCUUUGUGUCAGCUCCGUUCCGGCUCGUCCACGUCGGGCUGCAUGCGAAUCAGCUUGUCGGGGAUCAUGCAACUUUCGGCCGCUCCCGGCGUGCUCCUCGCCGUUGGACCCCCCUCGGACGGACCCGACGAGCCCGCUGAAUAUGUUCACGCGGAGGAGAGUUGCGGCGCGUCGUGGCCAGCGGCGACUGCAGAGACACAGGCUGGAGGUGGCGACGCCCUUUUCCCCGCGACGGCUACGCGGCACGCGCAUCCCGAGGCGCCACUCAAGAGCGCCCUGCGGAGGUACUCCGAGGGGUGUCUCACCAGCGCCUCCCGUUCGUCCUCGGUGGGGAGCGAGAAAUCUCGCAAGCGCGUCACGUUCGCAGACACAGUCACGCUCUUUUGCCUGGAGCCCCGACCAGAACUCCAGGCUCCAGACGACGCAAGUUCUCCCUCAGCGGAUGCGGCACCUGGAGACCCGAAAGCCGUCAAAAACACGAAGCGGGUAUCGGCGACUGUGCCCGCCCGGCAGGGCCAGAGCAGAAGCAAGGCGGACCCUAGCCGGCCUCGAUCGCGAUCGGCCAGCCCAGGGGGACGUUCACGUGAAAAGGGGGCGUCCUCCAACGCGACGCCUCCCUCGCGGCCCCAAAUGCAGCCUUGUUUACGAGCGGGGAACAGUGCUUCUGCUACUGCCGCAUCUGGCUCGGCAGGCGGUUCCAGCGGCCGGGCACCGGCUGCCGAGUCGGGGGCGUCUUGCGUCGAUUCAAAGGCCAAGGCCACCAGGAAGCAGUCCGCUGUCGCGAGUCAAAUGGGCAAGCAAAGCCCAGCGACUGAACGCGGAGGGAAUGGUGACGCACCUCGAGCCGCCGCACAAGCCAAACGCCAGCUUCGCCGAUCCGGAGAUAGUGCUGCGGAUCCGGCGCCGGCGACUGCCAAAGCACCCGACACGAACCUGGGUGACGGCGACAGCGGCCUAAAGGAAACUGCGGUGCGUGUAACAACAGAACAACCGGGAAAGCAUGGCGCGGCCAGCCGACCUGAGAAGCCGGUUUCCGUGGCGACUGAUGACGAGCUGGCAGGAGCCCUUGCGGCCGACGUUUGUCCCGGACCAAGUGGGGGCUCGACCCCGGAAUUCGGAUGCGUCAACAACGUGUACUUUGGCGGCAGCCCGUCCUCGUCCAACACGCCCUUGCCUGUUCACGGCGCAUUCCCGUGCGGACAGGAGUUGGUGUCGGGCCAUCUGGCCACACCGGGAAGCGCCGUCGCAGGGGAUUCACUCCAGAUGGCCGGGCCAGGGCCCACUGCAGGCGCCAGGCCUGGGAACUUCAAGGAGGAAUUCAGCAAGCAGACUGCAGCACUCAGUCCGCACGAAAACGCAUCUGCCAUUGCACAGACGCUCGAAAGAAGCCACGCGUCGAUGGCCUGCCCGAACGACCUGGCGCUGGCUCAAGCGGCGGCGCCGCAGCAAAUGGAGUUUUUUCCCUUGUUCCGCGAAGGCAUGGACGGCCCGGUCCACAGUCACGCGCAGAGGGCGGGCCCCAGAGUCGGCUCGGGAACAGCCGGAAGCGCCGUUGUUGGAAUGCCCCUGCAAGAACGGUCUAGCGACCAAGCCAGCCUAGGCUGCCUGAGCCAUCCUGCGCCGUUAACCGCGGUUGGGACGCAUUUGCGGAUGUUUCCACCAGCCAGCGACAUGUCGGAUCCGAUGGCUGCUCCGCACGGGCAAGUUUGCGCAUUCCCAUCUUCGGUGGGCAUGGUGGGGCGCCUCUCUGCGUCGAAUGUGGGCUGGGGGCCGUCGCCGGCCGCUCCUUUCCCGGCAGCUCGGAACUGCUUUGGCCCACCAGACAUGCUUCGCCAGCAACAGCCGCAGAAUUUCUUUGCAGACUCGGAACUCGCUCGUCUGUACGACGUCUCGGACAUCGUGAAGAAGCAGAAAGAAUUCCGCGAAAUUCGGAGCGUACUCUGCGCGGCACAGGAGGAUAUUGCGGAAGUGGAAAAAGAGAAGGAGGAGCUGCGGCGGGAGCUGCGAGAGACAAAGACGGCUUUGAAAGAAUCCCUUGCAAAACUUGAGGAAUCGGCUGAGGCUAACAGCGUUAUGGAGCGGGCUCUCGCCGCUCAGAAGAAGCGAAUUCAAACCCUGCAAGAAGAGCUCGACGAGGAGGCACAACAGAGCCAUAAUGACUUGACCCAAGUGCUGCAGAAGCUCAGUCAAGCGGAACAGGACCGAGCAAAGCUGGCUCGUUCUCUCGCUGCUGCGCAGGACUCCCUUCAGACUUUUCAAAAGCACAAGCCGUUGCAGGAGCGACUGGAACGCGAGGCUUCGGCACUGAGACAACAGUUGAAAACUCAGAAAGACGAGCAGGCGCAUCAAUUAAAACAGGCAGAAGAAGCCAUAGGAGAGUGGCGUGAGGCUCAUGCAAAGCUACAGGAGGCCUUGAUGGAGGCGGAACAGAACCGCAAAUCAGAGGUCGACGAACGCCAGGCUGAGGUUGACCGGUUGCAGAAGCAGCUUCAACAACUUGAGGAAGAAUUGCAGCACGUGAAAGACCAGGUGGACAUGGCAUCCCAAUCAACCAUCGAAACCGAACGGCAGCGCAGAGUCGCCGCGGAAGAGAGAGUCGACGAGCUCGAGGCAGCGCUGAACGAGUUGGCCGCCGAUUUCGCUGCGAGCAAGAGAGCAAACACGCGGCAGAAACGCGAGCUGGACAGCGUGACUGAGGAAAAGCUACGAGCGCUCCAAGAGAACGAGGAACUGCGGGAGGAGCUGCAGAGAGCGCGAGACGAGAUUGGAAAGGAGGAAGUGCGCGUGAGCAGCCUCCAGAGCGAGAUUCAAGAGUUGCGGGUCGCGGCUUCAGGUGCAGAGUUGGCGAAGAAUCGGCAGCUCGAAGUAACGGAGCAUCUUGAGCAGAAGGUCGCAGAACUGACCGGAGAGCUGUCCAGCUGUAAAGAGGAGAUUGCGAAAAAGGAAGAGCAACUUCAAAAAUAUGCACAGAUGAGCUCACAGAUCGAGGCCUUGCAGUCCGACCUGACCGCACACCAGAACGCGGCCAGAGAUCAGCAGAGUGUCCUCCACGAACUCCAGAUGGAGCUGACUGUUUACAAGCAGCGCCAAGCAUCGGAGCUACAGGCAAUCACCGAACAGAAAACGUAUCUGGAAAAGAAGGUCCACGACCUUGAAGAGGCGAAAGAAGAAGUCGAAGAAAGCGUUGCGUCUUUGCAGGAAGAGCUCAGUUGUCUCAAGAAGGAAGACGAGGCACAGAAAAUUAGGGAGCGCCUGGUCACUGCGCAGGUCGAUCAGCUCUUCCAAGUCCUUCGCCACCAUGUAGACCUCGAGGCAUCGGUCAGUGACAGCGAGAAGAGCAGCGCGAAAGACUCGCCGGCCGCCGAUGGAAUUUCCGAGCAUCCCGUGGUUGCAGUAUCGAGGGCGAUCAGCAUCUGGACUUUCGAAGAUGUCCACUCAAUCUGCGAGAAAUGGAAUCUAGCCCUUCUCGUCGACGCCGAACUGCACAAACUCCGAGAUCGGCUAUUCGACUUGACAAGGAGGGAAACCGAGUUGAAGGGCCAGUUGGCUGAAGCUGCUGACCACCAGCAAAAGGAACUUCAAGCGCGGCAAAAACUGGAGGAACUUGAGGAGAAACUUCGUCGGACACAAGAAGAUGCCGAAAGAAAUGAGAAGAAGAUGCAAGAAGCUCAGCAGGCCGGAAGUUGGUCAACGGCGCGUUUCUUGGAGCAACAAAAGUACUUCGAGAUGGAAUUAGGCAUAACAAAGCGACAACUGACCGAGUGCCGGUCCGAAGUACACCAGCUUAGAACGAGAAACAGCGCUCUGCUUCUCGAUCUCACCAAGCAGGAAGAGCGCAUCGCAAACCUCAUCAAGCAGAACGAGCGACUUGCGGCUCGACGGCGGCAAUCCCGCCUCCAAACUGACCGGUCUGCUACCAGUACAAGCGCUUCUUCACUGGAGCUCGGGCCUGGUGGACCGGCAUUCCCACUUGAAGAAAUCUGUGAAGGCACAUCUCCCAGAAAGCCUGAAUCCGCGUCUCCGAGACGCGGGUCCAAGUCCCGGGCGAAUCGUGUCGACAUGGUGGCGACCUGA